GGGAGGCAACUCUAGUUUACAAACUUUUUCAAGAUGGCGUCGACGGGAGUGCUGCCUUUCGUCCGGGGCAUAGAUUUAACAAAAAAUGACUUUAAGGGCAAUGCCUUUCCUGAUUUGGUUGAGGAGAUGUCAGGAUUGAGAUGGCUUAGAUUAUCUAAUACACAGCUGGACAGUUUACCUAAACAUUUAGCCAAACUCAGUAAAUUGGAAGAUUUAACCAUUAAGAAUAAUUCUAUUUCUACACUGGGUUCAUUUCUACCAAAUCUGCCAGCGUUGUCUAAAUUAAACUGUCGAUAUAAUAAGAUAACUGACAAUGGAGUACCUGCGGAACUCUUUGAUCUAUCAGAAUUAUCUGUUGUGGAUUUGAGUCACAAUGAAUUAACUGAUGUUCCACCACAAUUAGAGAAUGCUAAAUCAGUUCUUGUUUUAAAUCUGAGUCAUAAUCAAAUUGAAAUGAUACCUAAUCAACUGUUCAUUAAUCUAACAGAUUUAGUUUUUGUUGAUAUGAGUAACAACUGUCUAGAAACAUUACCACCACAGAUGAGAAGAUUAACAGAUUUACGAACUCUGAUAUUAAACAACAAUCCAUUAAUACAUGCACAACUCAGACAAAUUCCAGCAUUGAGCGCCCUCCAGACAUUACACAUGAGAAACACACAGAGAUCUAUAUCUAAUAUACCUAUAGGACUUGAAGCUCUUACAUAUCUACAAGAUGUGGAUUUUUCUCAUAACGAUCUUCCUCGUGUUCCAGAACCACUUUACAAAUUGUCGUCAUUAAAACGAUUAAAUCUUUCUAACAAUCAGAUAUCAGAACUCUCACUUAUGAUUGACGUGUGGGUUAAUCUAGAAACUUUAAACCUUUCAAGAAAUAAUAUCAAAUCACUGCCUAUGAGUCUUCACAAACUGGCAUCAUUAAAGAAAUUGUACGUAAAUGUCAAUCAGUUAGAUUUUGAAGGAAUUCCUGCAAGUAUUGGAAAACUUCACAAUCUGGAAAUCUUCAGUGCUGCCAGGAAUAAUCUAGAGAUGAUACCAGAAGGAUUGUGCAGAUGUGGUAAAUUAAAGAAGUUAAUAUUAAACUCAAAUAGAUUGAUAACUUUACCUGAUAUAUUACAUUUACUACCAGAACUAGAGACUCUUGAUGUUCGAGAUAACCCUGAUUUAGUCAUGCCACCCAAACCAGUUGAACUAACAAAAGAUCUGGCAUUUUACAAUAUCGACUUUUCUCUAAAUAAUCAGCUACAGUUAGCUGGUGCUGCUCCUGUUGAAUCUACCGGACAAACUCCGCCUCAUAAAGGAGAUCCGGUUGCUAGGAAACUGAGAUUACGUAAGAGAAGAGAUGGACAGAAAGAAAGUGAUAAAGUUUUGAAGGGUAUGAGAGACGUGGCUAAAAAGAAAGCUGAAACUACGAAUGAGGAAGAGAAGAAAGAAGAGCUCAAACCAAAGAAAUGGAACGAGAAUCUGGAAAGACCUCAUUUGAAUUACAGUGAGAUAUUUGAUGAAGAUGUCGGACAAAUUCCAGAUCUAACUUGUUGGGAAAUGGAGAACUUUGUUCCAACGCAAGUAGAAGAAGCGUUGAUUGGUAAAUUU